AUGUCUGAAGUCAGCACACCACAGAACUCACAGAAAACUAUUCAGAUUGGAACUGACGAGAGCUUUGAAACAUUAAAAACGAUGGCAACGAACGCACCUGUGUUGAGGUAUUAUGACCCAAAGUUAACACUGACAUUAUAUGUAGAUGCGAGCUCUAAGGGAAUUGGAGCAGUUUUGAUUCAAGAAGAAAGACCUAUCGCAUAUGGUUCCCGUGCUCUUACAUCAUCACAACAAAACUAUGCACAAAUUGAAAAAGAAACAUUGGCUGUUGUUUAUGGAUGCCAAAAAUUCCACCAGUAUGUCUACGGCAGAAUGGUACAUGUGGAAACAGAUCACAAACCACUGCAGUCGAUAUUCAGCAAACCUCUGUGUAAAGCACCCAUGCGAUUACAGCGACUCCUACUAACUCUACAGAAGUAUGAGUUGAAUGUUCAGUACAAGCCGGGCAAGUUACUCUACAUUGCAGACACACUCAGUCGUGCAUACUUACAUGAAACAGAGGAAGAACUUGUUCCUGAUCUGGAAUCAUUAAGAGACACAGUCCAGAAUGGCUGGCCAUCAGACAAAGACCACCUACCAAAUUGUCUACAUCCAUAUUGGUCAUUCAGAGAUGAAAUCGCUUGCUUAGACGGUCUUUUAUACAAAGGAGACAAGCUUAUAAUUCCGAAGUCAAUGCAAGCAGAAAUGCUCAACAUUAUUCAGCAGGCACACAUGGGAAUAGUAAAAUGUAAAAAUCGAGCACGUGAAGUCAUAUAUUGGCCAGAAAUUUCAUCUCAAAUAGAAGACAUGGUCUCCAAAUGUGCUAUAUAUGCUGAAACUCAGAACAGCAACCCGAAAGAGCCACUGGUCUUAGUUGACUUACCUGACCGCCCGUGGGCUAAAGUAUCCACUGAUUUGUUUAUGCUGAACUCCAAGCAUUAUAUACUGACCGUCGACUACUAUUCCAAAUGGCCAAAAGUCAUGAAAUUGACGGAACCCUCAGCAACCUAUGUGAUUGCAGCUUUGAAAAGCCAGUUCGCAAAAUAUGGGAUUCCUGAUGAAGUGAUUUCAGAUAAUGGUCCGCAGUACUCAUGUAAUGAAUUCAAACAAUUUGCUCAGGACUAUGGAUUUACUCAUAUUACGUCUAGUCCUUAUUUUGCUCAGUCUAACGGUCAAGUAGAAAGAAUGGUCCAAACAGUGAAACGCUUACUAAAGAAGUCAUCAGAUCCAUACAAGUCUUUGAUGGACUACCGCAACACGCCAUUAAAUAUAGGUCAGUCACCAGCUCAGCUAUUCUUAAACAGACGUUUGAAAACUUUACUUCCUACUACAAGUAAAUUAUUACGUCCAUCAAACUCAACACAAAUACAGGAGAAACUACAAAGCGACAAGUGCAAUCUAAGAUCUUCUUUGACAGAAAAGCGGGCAAUGUGCUACCAGAACUCAAGGAUGGAGAUCCAGUCAUGA